AUGGCAUCACCUGCCGACAGUUCAUCAAGAGAGAGCACUAAUGGUCAAAUUGUUGAUCCUUUUUCCAAUCCUCUCAUGCUACAAGUCUCAGAUAAUCCCACUGCUAUCCUUGUAUCUCCUCGUGGACUUGCUGCUUUAGACCAACAAUUCAAUCCAACAACUACCCCUACAAAUGAGCAUGCCUCUUCACCAAUAACACAAGAACAGUAUGAUCAGAUCUUGGCCAUUUUACAACAAGGUAGAAUUGAUCAUAACACAAAUUUUGCAGAUAAUCCAGAUUCUUCUCAUAAUCAGAUGCCCACCUUGGAUUCUUCUCCCAUCAGAACCAUGGACCCAGAUGACUCUCAUUCCAAUGUCAUUCCAAACAAUCGACCAACUCAUUCGCGGCAAGCACCAGCAUAUUUAAAUGACUACAUAUGCAAUACAGUCACUUCAGCAGAUUACCCACAUCAAUUGUCUCCUCGUGGGAAAGCUGAAGAGGGACAUGCAAAGGUCCGAACACUUGAGAUUGGAAACCCUGAGCUCAUUCCAGCUAAAGUGUCGCUAGGAGUUCUUGGUGUUAUUUCACAGGUACAUUCUAUUCCCUAUCCAUUUUUAGGAUCUGGAAAUUGGCCAUGGAACCAUGAAAUAACACAGGAUAAUCAGUCCUACUAUGAGUCCAUCUGGAAAAUUUUCAAAUCAGGUCCAAAGGCGGCAAAUUUGUUCUUCGAAUUGAAAACGCUUACUUACAGAGAUCAACUAAGGAAUCCGAGGAAGCAAUGCUUCAUGAUCUUUCCUGGCUGGGUCUCGAUUAAGAUGAAGUCGAGGAUGCAUUGGCAACCAGAACUUGUUCUUGGAGAUGUUAGUCAAGCCCAUGAACGCAAAACUGUGAGAUUUGCUUUCAUCCAUUGUUAA